AUGGCUACGCGGGCCUGCCUCAGACAAUGCCCUCUACCCUGUCAUCCUCAAAUACAUGAUUUUCCAUAUGGGAACGGGUGAAGUGCACCAAGGCGAUGAUGUGUUUCGUACCCCGGAAGAACAAUACAUCGUUGAGGAUUUCUGCAGGCAUGCUGCUGCUGAGGUCCGGCUCUGGAAUGAUUAUGGCAGCAUUGAGAGAGAUAAAGCUGAGGGCGUAUUGAAUUCAAUCGAUCUCUUGAACUUAUCAUCUUCACGCCCUCCAGCUAACGGGAUCACGGGCGACACAUUAAACAGGAAUUGCGAGAUCAAAUCUCUCAAAAAGAUAGCACAGUACGAAAGCAGACAUGUUCGACUUUGUUUGGAGCAGUUGGACACGCUGUUGAAUGAAAAUGAUGCACAACGAGCGUCUUAUAUAAUGUCACGGCUCCACAUGCAUGCGACAGUGACUCAAGUGUGGGCAGAGAUGUACUCCUCACGCCGGUUCAGUGCGGCGAGUCCUCAGUCUUGAUGCUAAAUAUGGGGACCACCGGAAUUGAAGUGCUCCCCCCCACCCCCAAAUGGCCAGGAUCGAGUGGAGGUGGAAGCGCUUGAUCUUGACUAUCAAGACUAUAAGGUGGAUUUGAAUUUAUGGCGUAGAGUUGUGCAACUAACAGCACCUGAAAUUG